AUAUUACGUUUUCUCGCUGACAAAGGCAAAUGAAGCCAUGUUUUUGCUUACAAACAAGUAGCGUUCAUACCGCCCUGUUCUGGAUCCUCGCUCGUCCGUAGCAGCACCAGCGAAGCGCCGAUCCUCUUCCCCGCUGUCACUGAAUCUAUCGGGAUACUACUGAAGAAGCAGAGUUUAGUUUUCUUUUAGAAAAAUCUAUAAAUGGGAUAUUUUACCCCAAACUGUCUAAUAGCUUACUGAAUACACGACGAAGACGGGAGAAGCUUUCGGGAUUAUUUUUUUUCACUCAGAAAAUGAGUACCGGGGGAAACUCCUGAACCAGCGCUGGACGCGAGGAGACAAGAUCAGCCGCUGCCGGCCCUCUCUCAGACUGCAGAGCCGACCAAUCAAAAUGAGUUUGGAUACUGAUGACAAGCGCACUCGCACACGGUCCAAAGCAGGAAGAGUUCCCUCAGAGAUUGUUGGACAGGAGCUGAGCUGCCCUACUCCAGGAUGCAAUGGCUCAGGUCAUAUCAGUGGCAAAUAUGCCCGACACAGAAGUGCUUUGAGUUGCCCAUUGGCCAGAAAAAGGCGCCUACAGGAAGCAGAGUCAGAGCAACCUGCCUCCAAGAGGAAGUCCCACCCGCUGAAGCUGGCGAUGGAUGAAGGAUUCAACACAGAGAGUGAGGGGAGUGGAGAGGAGACAGAGUUAAGGGAGGAAGAUGAGGAUGAUGAAGAACAGGCAAAGCAGAAAGCUGGCGAUCAAGCGCAUGAAGAAGAAGAGCAAGCAAAACAGAAUACAGAAAGCACCAAUACAGAGGAGGAGGAUGGUGAUGAAGAGGAGUGCAUCAUCAUUGAGGCAUCCAACAAAGAGAAGCCCAAGCUCUCAUCCUCUGAGGAUCUCUCUAACUAUCAGCACAUCGUGGCCAACUCAAUACCCCACCUCAACAACCACAACAGUAGUGCCAUGUCACCCCAACAACAACAAUGGUCGGUCACAAUGGGAAAACAAGAUAAAAGCCCUUUUAGGGAACCAGAAGAAGAAGAGAAAGAAGGAAAAGAAACAGAGCAAACAGGGAACCAAGUAGGAGUUCUAGUGUCUAAAGAGAAUGGAGUGAUGGGAAAUAUAGAUGAAAUUAACGACGAAGAAGAGGACAUGCACACUGAGAGCCAGAAGGAGUUAGAGCACCAGUAUUUUUCUGAGAUGAUGGAGACACAACAAGUUGAAGAAGAAGAAGAUGAUGAUGAUGAUGAUGAGGUGCUGAGGUCUGAGAUUACAACUGAAGAGACAUACAAGGAAAUUAAGUCUGAAGAGGAAGGUGACAAAGAAACCGCCCCUUCGGUUAUCACUGCCACUCAGGGAUCCCACAUAAGGGAAGACUAUGUUUCCCACAAACUUAUAUUGCCAGAAAGUUACAGCUCUAGUAAGGUCGCCACAACAUCUCCUGUGGUUAUCGAAGUGCAGUCUGAGGAGUCAGAGAGGGAUGCCGAUGUGGACGGUAACGAUGAUGAUGGGGAUGACGAUAGCUUGUCUCAACGAUCAACGGUGGCGGACGAGUCUGAGAUGUUUGACAUCAUGCGGGGGAAUUUGGGGUUGCUGGAGCAGGCCAUUGCUUUGAAAGCCCAACAGGUUAAAGCUCAUCGUGAGCUCAGCCGCAUUCCCGAACACCACCGCUUCUUUCCUCUCAACGACCGGCCCGGCAAACACAUGGAACAUAUCCGCAAGAGCUGCUUCGGAAAAGAGAGUUCUAGAUCAGAGAAGCGAGAGAUCAAAUGCCCAACCCCCGGGUGUGAUGGAACGGGUCACGUGACAGGACUCUAUCCCCACCACCGCAGUCUGUCAGGCUGCCCACACAAAGAUCGGAUCCCUCCAGAGAUUUUGGCCAUGCACGAGAAUGUCUUGAAGUGCCCAACACCAGGCUGCACUGGUCAGGGUCAUGUCAACAGCAACCGCAACACACACCGCAGUUUGUCUGGAUGUCCCAUCGCUGCUGCUGAAAAGCUCUCGAAAAGUCACGAGAAGCAACACCUGCCCCAGCCCAUGAGCGAGCAUAUCAAAGGCAGCCCAAACUCUGACCGUGUUCUCAGGCCCAUGUGUUUUGUAAAGCAGUUGGAGAUUCCUCCUCAUGGCAGCUACAGGCCCAGCCUCAUCCCUGCCACACCACGCGCUAAUCUGGCCAAGGAGCUGGAGAAGUAUUCCAAGGUGUCCUUCGAUUAUACAAGCUUCGACGUGCAGGUGUUCGGCAAGCGCAUGCUUGCCCCAAAGAUGCACACCAGCGAAACUUCACCCAAAGCCUUCAAAUCCAAACCUCCAUUCCCCAGGGCCUCCCCCCCAAGUCCCAGCUUGCACAUUGGUUAUGGAAAAAGCUCCUCCAGCAGCUAUGAUUAUUCCCAUGAUGCCGAAGCCGCCCACAUGGCUGCCACUGCGAUCCUCAACCUGUCCACACGCUGCUGGGAGAGACCAGAGAACCUCAGCAUCAGACACCAAGAUAAGAGUAUGGAAAUUGAGGUGGAUGAGAAUGGCACCUUGGACUUAAGCAUGAAGAAGCCCAUAAAGAGAGAAGUGGGCAUGUCUUGCGCCAGCCCUGAAGUGCGUUCCCCUGAUCUGUCUUCAUCAUCUUCAUCAUCAUCCACAUCUCUUCACCAUGUCAACAGCAGCAUCUCGCCCCACUCUUUACACACCUACAAACAAGAGGAGUGGGAGGGGCCUCUGGACUACACCAAGCCCAAUCGACAGAGAGAAGAGGAGCUAGAAGAGAUGGACCACAGCACCCAGUCAUUUGCCUCGUCUGACCUUGAGGAUUGCGACAUGAUGCAGGAGAGCCUUGAUGACAGGAAGUACCCUGGAGAGGUCACAACCCCCAGCUUCAAGGUCAGGUUCCAGCCCAAGGACAACAAGAAAGAGCUCCUACUGUGUCCCACUCCGGGCUGUGACGGCAGUGGACACAUCACCGGAAACUAUGCAUCCCAUCGCAGCCUGUCUGGGUGUCCUCUCGCUGAUAAGAGUCUUCGGUCCCUCAUGGCAGCACACACAACUGAACUCAAAUGUCCAACUCAAGGAUGUGAUGGUUCAGGCCAUAUCACUGGUAACUACGCGUCUCACAGGAGUUUGUCUGGGUGUCCACGGGCCAAGAAAGGUGGAAUAAAAACAACUCCCAUCAAGGACGACAAGGAGGACUCCGAGCUCUUAAAAUGCCCAGUGCCAGGUUGUGACAGCCUGGGUCACAUCAGUGGGAAGUACGCCACUCACCGCAGUGCGUAUGGAUGCCCGUUGGCAGCCAGGCGGCAGAAGGAGGGUUUGCUGAAUGGGUCUCCAUUCUCUUGGAAGGCAUUUAAGACAGAAGGCCCAACCUGUCCCACACCGGGAUGUGAUGGAUCGGGACACGCCAACGGCAGCUUCCUCACCCACCGCAGUCUCUCAGGCUGCCCCAGAGCCUCCCUCAACAAGAAGAAAGCCAAGUUCCCUGGAGAAGAGUAUCUCAGCACUAAGUUCAGAGCCAGUGACGUGUUAGACAAUGAUGAAGACAUCAAGCAGCUCAAUAAAGAAAUCAAUGAUCUCAAUGAAUCCAACAAUGAGAUGGAGGCAGAUAUGGUCAACCUUCAAACACAGAUCACAUCCAUGGAGAAGAACCUGAAAAACAUUGAGCAGGAGAAUAAGGUGAUUGAAGAACAGAAUGAGGCAUUGUUUAUGGAGCUGUCUGGACUAAGUCAAGCUCUUAUACGGAGUCUGGCCAACAUCCGUCUGCCUCACAUGCAGGAGCCAAUCACAGAGCAGAAUUUUGAGAGCUACGUGAGCACCCUUACUGACAUGUACACCAAUAAGGACUGCUACCAGAACCCAGAGAACAAGGCCCUUCUGGAGACCAUCAACAAAGCGGUGAAAGGCAUUAAGGUCUGACUAAGCCAAAAGAUGGGGAUGAGAAACAGAAGUGUGGAAGAGAAAUAGAAAGUGGAGCCAUUGGGAAGAGCAUACAUAUGACACACAAAAAGGGCAUUCAGGUUUUUUUGAACAACAAUCUAAACCUUCAUCCCAGGGAGCAUUCUGUGAGUUCAAAAAGAGGUAUAUAAUAUAUAUUAUUAUGAGGACCAAAAUCCACAAAAGCUGCUGGAUUGGAAGUUGAAGAUGGAACCAAAUCCUUUAUUUAUGGAGAAAAGAAGAGACAAACCAAGUUUUCUUUACAGUUUUUGUUGUUUUACAUUCAAACGGUGAGAAGUUUUGAAAGAAGAAGAAGAAACUGGGAGUAGAACUUCCAGAAGAUGUACAGCCCAGGCUUUAGGUGAAAGAGAUUAGUGAGGAUUCUGCUCCACCGAAACAACAAAAGUGACGAUCCAAAUACAAGUGAUCUGUACGUGAGCCCCAGCAGAACAGACAUAUGCAGUGUUUGCUCAUCUUUCCAUCUUUUCCCGAAGAAAAC